AUGUCCCGCCAGAACCUGUCCAGUAACAGGAUAAGGGAGCUGCCAAAAAACACCUUUAAAAACCUUUCCAAAUCCCUUCUUAAACUAAAUGUCUCCUACAAUCCUCUUCUCCGCAUUCACCCGAGCCACUUCAACCAUCUGACACAUCUUCAGUCUUUGGCGCUAGAAGGAAUAGAAAUCCCGGAUAUUCAGACUAAGAUGUUUCUCCCUAUGGAGAACCUGUCCCACAUAUACUUUACAAAGUUCCAGUACUGCUCGUACGCGCCACACGUCAGGUCCUGUAAGCCCAACACAGACGGUAUAUCUUCCUUUGAGGACCUGCUGGCUAACAUAGUGCUGCGAGUGUCCGUCUGGGUCAUGGCCUUCAUUACGUGCUUUGGCAACCUCUUAGUCAUCGGCAUGAGGUCACUGAUCCGAGCGGAGAACAAUCUGCAUGCUGCCUGCAUCAAGGUCCUGUGCUGUGCAGACUGCCUCAUGGGCGUGUAUCUUUUCUUUGUCGGAGUGUUCGAUGUGAAGUUUCGUGGGCAGUACAACCGCAACGCUCUGCUCUGGAUGGAGAGCGUGGAGUGUCGGACCAUCGGAUUCCUCGCCAUGCUCUCGUCAGAGGUGUCUGUUCUCCUCCUGACCUAUCUGACUCUGGAAAAGUUCUUGGUUAUUGUCUUUCCCUUCAGCAACCUACGCCCAGGAAAACUUCAGACGGGGGUGGUGCUGGCCUCUAUCUGGCUACUGGGGUUCAUUAUUGCUGCCGUGCCUCUCAUGAAUGAGGACGUGUUUGGAAACUAUUAUGGACGCAACGGAGUCUGCUUCCCCCUGCACUCUGACAGGCAAGAAAACCCUACUGCCAAAGGAUAUUCCACAGGGAUUUUUCUGGGUCUGAACCUGGUGGCGUUCCUGGUGAUCGUCUUCUCCUACUCCAGCAUGUUCUUCUCCAUCUACAAAACGGGCAUUAACGCCACAGACCUGAGAAGCAGGCUGCACAAAGAUGUGGCCGUGGCCAACAGGUUCUUCUUCAUCGUGUUCUCUGACGCCCUCUGCUGGAUUCCCAUAUUCUUGGUCAAAAUCCUCUCACUGUUGAAGGUGGAGAUACCUGGGACCAUCUCCAGCUGGGUCGUCAUCUUCAUCCUGCCCAUCAACAGUGCCCUGAACCCCAUCCUUUACACGUUGACCACCAGCUUCUUCAGGGAGCAGGUGGAACUCUUACUCUGCCGCUGGCAGAGGAGACACAUCUUGAAAAAGGACCGCAAAAGCCUCACUUCCUCCACAAUCUUCAUGGAGACGGCGCGGCCUCCCUGCUACCAGCAGCCGGGCUACUUCCAGCGGGUGUCGCUCAACGGCGCGGAUCCUCGCUAUGCCUGAGGGAGGCGGGAACUUUCCUGGAAACUAUCGACGCAGGGGCCGUCUUUUGGCUCCUGCGCGACACUUGCACUAGCGGGACAAGGUUGACAAUCCUUGAGCUUUUCUCUUUAUGUUAUGUAAAAAAAAAAAUGCCAACGAUGAGACACUUUUGUUCAAAGCAGCUUUCCCCUCCCCCCCCUUCCCUCUCAUGUAUUUAUACACAGAGAGCUCUUUAGGAUGCAGUGUUUUUGCAUGAAGACAGGACGAGCCAGGGAUCAAAUCACCAGUCACGCACUCACAGUGGUCGGUCCCUUUGUGCCGCGUAAAAAGCCACUUCCAUGUUGCCGUGCUUCAUCUGUUCUUGGUGAGGGCACUGUGGAAUAACAAAGAAUGGAUGGAAGAGUAAAUACCAGCAUAUUGUGUACACUAAACAUCACAAUGGAGCCCGUAUACGUGAUUUUGAGAUGGAACUGGGAGACAAAGUGAUCUCAGAAACAAGUUUUUUCUACAGAGUGACUGAAGAAUAAAGAAUUUAGAUUUAAGGGUUAUUAAUAUCAGAAGUCGCAGAAUAAGUCUUGGGCUGCGAAAAAAAAAAGUAGCUCUUAGACUGUUAACUUUGAAUUAAAUUAUGCCCUACAAAUGAAAAUGAUACCAGCACUGUAUGCAAAAAUAUGUACAUAUUUGAC